AUGAUUAUCGAUAAACAAACAGAUAGUCUCAUCAUUUGUGAUCAUCGUAACAAAAGGGUAGUUCGAUGGCCUCAUCAAAAUGGUACAAAUGGAGAAACAAUCAUUUCAAAUAUUGGAUGUUUGGGCUUGACUAUGGACGAUGAUGGCUUUCUCUAUAUUGCUAAUUACGAAAAAGAUGAAGUUCAACGAUAUCGGAUCGGAGAUAAUCAAGGAACAGUAGUUGCAGGUGGACAUGGACAAGUAAAUGGUCUGAAUCAAUUGUCUAAUACAAGAUACGUUGUCGUCGAUCGAGAACAUUCAAUUUACAUAUCAGAUUAUAACAAUCAUCGUGUGAUGAAGUGGGUAAAAGAUGCGAAACAAGGCAUUGUUGUGGCUGGCGGUCAAGGUGAAGGGAAUAGUCUUACACAAUUAUUGAAUCCUUGUGAAAUGGUCGUUGAUCAAUCAGGUACUAUCUUUGUGGCUGACAGUGGGAAUCAUAGAAUAAUGCGUUGGUCCCAAGAAGCCACACAGGGAAGUAUCAUCGUUGGUGGAAAUGGUCAAGGAAAUCAAUCGAAUCAACUCUCUUAUCCCAUCGGUUUGUCAUUUGAUCGAGAUGAUAAUCUCUAUGUGAGUGAUCAAAAAAAUCAUCGAGUACAAAAGUUCAAGACUGAUCGAAGUUAA